CAGGUUGCAAACCCUUUUCUUCAUCAUCAAUUCAUCAUCAUACCAAAAACAAGUCUGCUUUGGGUGGAGUGGCGAGAUAAAGAGUGAAACACCGCUGCUACGUUGAUCAUCAACUGUUUGAUCAACCGAUUACAAAAGGGGCUUCUCAAUUUCGCAUUCCGCUUGUUCAUAUAUGGUGUUUAUAGAAUCUUCUCUCGGUUUCUGAUCAAAUGGCAUCCGCCUUUCUUUCAAGAACUCUCUUUGCACAUCGUUUCGUCUCGUCUUUCGCCUUCAACCAAAAACCCCAAAAAUUAGCGCCCCUUUUCUUCAAGAAACCCCUUCAUUCGUGGGCUUUCCCAUCUCAAUCGGUGUACAGGAGGCAGACCUUAGUUCGUAGUGACAUGGCUUCCACCAUGGUUGGAUCUACCUCUCCUUUCUCAACACAGUCCAUGUCAACUUCUGAGCCUGUUGUUUCAGUUGACUGGCUUCAUGCCAAUCUUCGUGAGCCUGAUAUGAAGGUACUGGAUGCAUCCUGGUACAUGCCUGAUGAACAAAGAAAUCCACUUCAAGAGUAUCAAGUUGCACACAUUCCUGGUGCUCUUUUCUUUGAUGUAGAUGGGAUAUCUGAUCGCACUACUAAUCUGCCACACAUGUUGCCAUCUGAAGAAGCAUUUGCUGCUGCUGUUUCUGCUCUUGGUAUUGAAAACAAAGAUGGAGUUGUUGUUUAUGAUGGUAAGGGGAUCUUCAGUGCUGCUCGUGUCUGGUGGAUGUUUCGAGUUUUUGGACAUGAUAGAGUAUGGGUGUUAGAUGGAGGCCUUCCUAUGUGGAGAGCUUCAGGUUUUGAUGUUGAAUCGAGUGCUUCAAGUGAUGCUAUAUUGAAAGCUAGUGCUGCCAGCGAGGCAAUAGAAAAAGUAUACCAUGGCCAAGCUGUUGGUCCAGUUACAUUUCAAACAAAAUAUCAACCACAUCUUGUAUGGACACUUGAACAGGUUAAAAAGAACACAGAAGACCAAACACAUCAACAUGUAGAUGCUCGGUCAAAGGCCAGGUUUGAUGGAGUUGCAGCUGAGCCUAGAAAAGGAAUAAGAAGUGGCCAUGUGCCUGGGAGCAAGUGCAUUCCUUUUGCUCAGAUGUUGGACAGCUCACAGACACUACUAUCAGCAGACCAACUUAAGAAAAAGUUUGAACAAGAGGGAAUCUCAUUGGAGGGACCUGUUAUGGCUUCAUGUGGCACUGGAGUCACCGCAUGCAUUCUUGCAUUGGGACUCCAUCGACUUGGGAAGACAGAUGUUCCGGUUUAUGACGGAUCUUGGACAGAAUGGGGAGCACAAGAAGAUACUCCUGUUGCAACUUCAACUCCAACUCCAACAUCUUGAUUUUAACAAACAACAAUUUUAUGGGCACAUGUGAACAAGCACAAACAUGGAGAUUGUGCAUCAUAAACAUAUGGACUUUGUAUUUCAACUGUUUGAUUUGGUGGGUGGAUUCUUUUCGAUUUUAUGCAACUAAAAAGUCAGUGUAUUUCGGUGCCUAUGUGUCUGACUUAGGCAACAAAAUUGUAUUUUCAUGUUGAGUAUCAAUUUGGUUGAUGGAUUAGGGUUUGAAUUGCACAUAAGUAGAGGGUUUUGAUCAUGAGUUGGUGGAUCGAAAUAUUGGAUGGAUUAGCUUGUUUGAUUAUGCAAUUCAAACUCCGAGAUGUUAUGUUAAACACGAAUAAAGGUUGAAUUUUGAUUUGAGGUCCUAAUUUGUGUGA